CGGGCGGUUGCUGGACAACGAGUGGACGCGGCUCCCGACGGCUGGACGCGGGGCUGCCCCUCCCCCCCAGGGCACCAUGGAGAUCGUCUACGUGUACGUGAAGAAGCGCAGCGAGUUCGGGCGCCCCUGCAACUUCUCAGACCGGCCGGCUGAGACCAACGUGGACAUCCUGCCGGACCCCAGCCUGGCCGCCCACUUCAUCGAGAGGGACCCUGUGGACACGAGCGUGCAGUGCGCCAGUGACAUGUCAGAGCAUGAGGUGAACACAGAGCGGUUCGAGAUGGAAGCGCGGGGCGUGAACCAUGUAGAGGGCGGCUGGCCCAAGGACGUGAACGCGCUGGAGAUGGAGCAGACCAUUCGCUUCCGCAAGAAGGUGGAGAAGGACGAGAACUACAUCAACACCAUCAUCCACCUGGGCAGCCUGAUGGAGCACUGCAUCAAGCAGAACAACGCCAUCAACAUCUAUGAAGAGUACUUCGAAGAGGAGCAGCUUUCAGAGGUGGAGGAUGAGCCGCCCUCAGCCAAAACCAUCAAUGUCUUCAGGGACCCCAAUGGCAUCAAGAGGACGGCCACCCACCUCUCGUGGCACCCUGACGCCGGCAAGAAAUUGGCCGUGGCUUACUCCUGCCUGGAGUUCCAGCAGAGCGCCACAAACAUGAGCCUCGACUCCUACAUCUGGGACCUGGAAAGCCCCAACAAACCGGACCUGGUUCUCAAGCCCUCGUCCCCACUCGUGUGCCUGGAGUACAACCCCAAGGACUCACACAUCCUGGUCGGAGGCUGCUACAACGGGCAAAUUGCCUACUGGGACACGCGGAAAGGCGGGCAGCCCGUGGAGCUGUCCACAGUGGAGUUCAGCCACCGGGACCCCGUGUACGGCGCAAUCUGGCUGCAGUCCAAGACGGGCACCGACUGCUUCUCUGCCUCCACCGAUGGGCAGGUCCUGUGGUGGGACAUCCGGAAGCUCACCGAGCCCACUGAGACGCUGGUGAUGGAUAUCAGCCGGAAGGGCCUGCUGGAGAAUGCCCUGGGUGCCGUCUCGCUGGAGUUUGAGCCCACCAUGCCAACCAAGUUCAUGGUGGGGACGGAGCAAGGUGUGGUGAUCACCUGCAACCGCAAGGCCAAGACACCGGCCGAGAAGAUCGUCGGCACCUACAGCGGGCACCAUGGCCCCGUCUACGCCCUGGCGCGGAACCCCUUCUACCCCAAGAACUUCCUGACUGUCGGCGACUGGACCGCGCGCAUCUGGUCCGAGGACAGCCGGGAAUCCUCCAUCAUGUGGACCAAGUACCACAUGUCCUACCUAACAAGUGGGUGCUGGAGCACCAUCCGCCCAGCUGUCUUCUUCACCACCAAGAUGGAUGGGACGCUGGAUGUCUGGGACUUCUUGUUCAAGCAAAAUGACCCCUCUCUCAGCCUUAAGGUCUGCGACGAGCCCCUCUUCAGCCUGCGCCUGCAGGACAACGGGCGCUUCAUCAGCUGCGGCUCCCAGCUGGGCACCGUCACGCUGCUGGAGAUCUCCUCGGGGUUUUGCACCCUGCAGAAGAACGAGAAGACCCUGGCCACCGCCAUGUUCGAGCGGGAGACAAAGCGGGAGAAGAUCCUGGAGGCGCGGCACCGCGAGAUGCGAUUGAAGGAGCGCACCAGGUCGGAGGGCAGGGAGGAGGAGGCCAAGGAGGAUGGGCCAUCCGAGAACCCCGAGGAGCUGCUGGCCCGGGUGCAGAAGGAAUUCUUCGAGAUCAUCGACGCCGAGCGCCGGCGGAGGGAGCAGGGCAGCGCCAAGGGACCCACCACCCAGGAGGAAGACGAAGAGGAGGAGGGCAAGGAGGACCUCUACAAGGACUGAACAUGGAGCGCAGGGACCCGCAGGCCACA